UGUCAAAGUUUCCAUCGAGAUUUUGCUCGGUUUUGUUUGCUCUUCUUGGGUUUAGCGUACAAGAUAAUGAUUUUUUUACCGAAUUUGAAAUUCUUUGGCUAUGUGAAGCCGUUUUCGUUCAGAGUUAAAUAAAAUGUGAUACUGGAAGCCAUGAGCUCUCCAGCAGCGAUCGUGUGCCGCGAAGUUUUCGAUGAGAAUAGUCAACCAUCUGCAGAGGAGGUAUCAGAAUAUGCCCAGCAGCUCGGCAUUGAUCCGGACAGCGAGAGCCACCUGCUGCCGCUGGCGAGAGAUGGGUUGAUGCAAGCUCUGCCUGCACCAUGGAAGGCAUACUUUGACGAAAAACUACAAACCCAUUACUACUACAACAACGAGACAAAGAAGACGCAAUGGGAACACCCACUAGACCACGUGUACCGCGAGCUCGUCCAGAAGGCGCGGGACGCCUCCGCCAUGGACGACACGUGUGCGUCCGUGCAGGAACUUCUAACAUCAGAAGAAAACACGAAACACCUAGAGCGUGUAGAAACGAAGGCAGAAAGCGAUGAAGACCUAUCGACGGACAGCGCUGAACAUCCCUCGGAUAUUAAGGAGUCAGCUCUCAUGCCGGGACGACGAUUGGCACCGUUAGGGAGACCACCACUUGUCCCCUUAGGCCGACUUGACAAGAAACUGGGCGAGCUCCGAAUCUCGCCCUUACGGCGCAGCGCAGAAAGCUCAGUAUCGCCCAAACCCAGCCUCUUCCGCAACACAUCGGACAGGGAGCUACUUAGCAGACCGACGUCCUUUAAAACGGACAUUAUCGACUUGAAAAUGAGCGUUUUGAGUCCGGAGGAGGAGAAAUAUAACCCGUUGCUGGCGGCGGCGAAGGUUGAGAAAGGACUGCCUUUGCCUUUGUCAGGAAGAGGCACCAUGUUUCUAAAACUGAAGUCAGAGCUGCCCAGUCCGGACACAGACAAAUCGCUGACUAUAGACUCUGUGACCAAGAGCGACCCCCCGAAGGGCAUCCUGCGCGAGGGCAAGCCGGAGCUGCAGAGGAAAGCCGAGAGCGCCGUGUUCGGGAGGCAUGCCGCUAGUUUGGACGACGAUCGGAAGAGCGUCAGAUUCAAACUAGAAACGCUCCCAGACCCGACCAUCAGCCCGAGCUCGAACAGCUCAUCGGAACAAAACGAGGGCUCCAUCAUCAGCAACCCCAUCGUUCCCGCCCUCCCCUCGCCCGUGAUCCCGUCCUCCCCCGUGCUGCCGGGGCCGGGGGUGCUGCUGGCCCCGCUGGCCACGAGGCCGCCGCUGCCGCCGAGGCCGAACGUUGAUAGCCCGAGGUCUGACAAGGAUUCUGUUGCAGAGAGCGAAACCCGCGAUUCCCGCGGAGCAUCUCCCCGCCGUCGCUUACUACGGCCACCAGCAGCCGACUACAUCAAGCAAGACCUGUUCCAGAAGAACUUCCAGAAGAUAGCCGACCUGGUGCGGUCUACUGAUAUAGAACCUUCGGCGAAUAGCGUGGCUUCAGCUAACAGCUUGGAGGAGCCUUCGGUGGAGAAAGAAGUUAGACCAAGAUCUCCAAUGAUACCUCAAAAGAACAAAAUCUCCAUCAACCUCAUGGAGAGCAUAGAAUCCGAGACCUCUAUCGAUUCUCCCGACAGAGAAUUUGCCAAUCUGGACUUAAACGACCUUGACGACUCCAACGACCAGAAAGAGAAUGUCCCAGAAAAAGAAGAUUUAAAAGAGAGCGUAAAAGAAGACUUAUCAGAACAUUCCACUAAUUCUAAGCAGUCAAAAUCUCCUAGAUUAAUAGAUAACAUUCCAAUGCCAAAUAUAAAAGUUCCUAAGCUAGAUUUCUUCCGCUCCCCCAAAUCAGAAUUCAAAGAGUUCAGGAAUGACGAAUCGAAAACUAAUUCUAGAUCGGAUAGUGUAGAUUUGAAAAGUCCGCAGCUCAAAUCUAGGUCGGAUAGUUUAGAGGCGGCUUUAAAAAGCCCUCAGUUAAAAUUGUCUCCAAAUCCUGAUAGAUCUCCAAGAGAUUUUAGCAAACCGUGGUCUGGUCUAACAUUCAAACCGAAACCUGUUGCAUUAAAAUCUUCAGACUCGGCGAACAGUUUAGGAAAAAGUUUAACAAGCCCUCGCCUAGAUGGCGUUAUACUAUCCCAAGGUAAAUCAAGUACAUCAGAUAACGUAGUAGUCGUGUACCAGUUUGAGCAGGAAGACAGUUUUUCGAAAAUUAAAUCGCCUUUGCCUGAUCCGGGUAGAGAGAUGAUUGAGAGGAGUAAAGGAGAUGAGAGGAGAAGACUGGAGUUAUCGUUGCAGAAAGAGAUAGAGACAAUAAGAAUGGAGUGGGUGGGGAAGGAGAAGAGAUUGAAGGCAGAGUUGCAAGAGGAGUUAAAGGAGGCAGAGGAGAAAUUUUUGGCGGAGAAGAAAUUGAGGUUGGAGGAGCAGGCGGAAAGGCAUAAGAGGGAGAUGGAGGAGGUGUUAGCAGCAGCAGAAGAAAAUCACCAAAAAGCGAUAGAACAGCACGCUAAAGCGCUUCAGGAGCGAAUCAUAAAGGAUACCGAAGCGGCUGAGCGCGAACACCAAGCCGCCAUGGAGAAACUUCGAGAACAAUACAGAACCAAGCUGAGCGAACAACAGCAUGAACUUGAAAUAGAAAAUGAACGCUCCCUCUCCGAGCUACGCGAACAACUGUCAACCAAUCUGCACAGAGAGCGAGCGAGCAUGAUGGAAGAGAACAGGGCCACUAUAGACUCCCUCAGGGAAGAGCACAGCAGCAGGGUUGCAGAACUGCGACACGACUAUAGGGCAGAGGUGGAGCGAAUCCGCACCCAACACGCUUGUCACCUAGAAGAGCUGCGCGGGCGACUGGCAUCCGACCGUCUCGCUCCCACACUGCCUGACAAAUACCGCUGUCUCAAGGAGAAGUACGCGCGCCUGAAACAUGACGUCAAGAUGUCCAUCGAGCGGCGGAACAAGCGGCGCGAAAUGAGCAUGACGACGGGAUCGGAGACAGAGAAAUCUAACUCGCACAAAGCCAAUCAGUCGCUGGAAAGGUGCAAGGAAUUGAAUGAGACAUCGGUGAGCGCCGUGAUAGAAUCUGAGCCGACCAGGGUGAACAACAACUUGGUCGUCCGCAACAACGACAACGACUCCUGCUCGGAGAACAACGCCAACAACAACGAACACUGCAAACACUCAGCGCCAUCAGACACGUCAGCGCCGAGCAAACCGAAGCCCCGCCGCAGCGCCGUGGCCUUCCGCGAGCCGCCGCGCCGCCGCCGCGACCGCGACCACCGCCACAGGGACAGAGACACCGCUACCACGGACUUCCAAGAUUCAUCCGACGCGACGACAGCUGAGGACAAGCCGAAGGAGCCCAUCAACGGUCACGGGCGGCGCAGAUGCUUCACGAGACUGAAGUCCGCGUCCACUUCGCGACUCAACUACUCACCGAAACGAGGCGAAGGCUGGUCGAGCCCUCUAGAAUCCCUACGACAGCAGCUGCGAAAACUGGACGACUUAGAAGACCAGUUCCCUGACUUAGCCUGCCAGCCUGCCUACAGCCUGCGGUACCCCUUCGCAGAACUAGGAGCCGUUGCCACCGCCGACACGCCCGAGUUGGAAUUCGUGCGGUACCGCGCCUUAAUAGAGCGAGAAGGCAUGCGCAGAGCGAGAGCGGUGCUGAAGCGGCGCAGAGCAGCGCUCAAACAGACUAGGAGCGAAAGAGAACCACAUAGAGCCCCUAGCGAGGAGCGUGAGUCCACCGAGUUGGAGGUCGCUCUACACCGAGCGCGCGCACUGCUGGGUGAGAAGGAGAUUCGGCUGCGGCACAUUGAGCGCGCGCUGCGGGCGCUGGCGGCGCGCCCGCCGGUCGCCGUGCAGGAGACGUCAUCGUCGGGCUCGUCGGGCUCGCUGUCGGCGGCGGCGGGCGGCGCCGUGCUGCGCUCGCUGCGCGCGCUGCACGCCGACGUGCGCGACAUCUGGCGCGCGCUCGACGCCCGGGAGCCCAGAGUACCAGCCAUAACAGCUUCACCCGAGUCCAGCUCGUGCAACGCACCAACAACAUCGCACACUCGGCUGACUAUCUCCGCUCCCGAGCAGUCGCUGCAAGACAACUCCGACGGCGUGGCCGAACGAGCCCGGGGGCUCCGCGCUUGGCUGCAAACUACACCAUAACCAUCGCAUCAUGUUCGCUUCUCUGGGCCAAGCUAAUUCCACUCUUCUGUCGUCGAGAUAAAGCUUACUACGCAAUUUAAGUGGCAGAGAAGCCCGACGCUCCGCGCUUGCUACAGACCAAGCUGAGGGCCUACCGAAAUUUACAAAUUGCGGGCAUCUUUCUCUGUCACUCUACGUAUUAAUUGGUGUAAAAGAGAAAGAUGCCUUGCGAAUUUUGGUGUUCGCUGUAGGCCCUCUGAUUCCGCUCUUAUACCGGCUCCAUAAGGCUUAGUUUCGUUUAGAAGUAGUUAUGUUGCGACAUAAAAAGAACAUCUGAAUCUGGAAGAUUUUGCUUGAAAAUAAUACGGUGUUAAUAUCAAAAUUAGCUCAAUUCGACAACUUAUCGUAUGUCGUUAAAAUUAGAAUGGCU